AUGCGUGCUCCUCAGCUUCUCUUCAAGACCAGCACUGCUGCCCUGCUCCUGAGUCUCUUCCUGACACUGCGGACGGUCCCAACUCAAGGACAAACGUAAAAUGUAAUUUCAAUAACCCUGAGAGUUGAACGAGUUGGGAACUCAGAUGGCUAUAUCGUAACACUCACAGUUACAAGUCAUGUACCUGUAUACUUAGUGGUUAAAGCCACACUCGAAGGCUCUGAUGAUGUAAAUUUUCCUUAUGGUAAUUUUGUUUACACGGCCUGUCUGUGUCCUAACUGUUCAAAAAAUUUCUUCUGGGACAUACAAGGACCUGCAAAUGGGAUCCUAAUAGGGAAGGCUGAAGUCGUGUCAGAGGAAAAUAUAUGCCCUUCUGAUGUGGAAAUCUCCACGCCUGUUUACAAAGUUUGUAGCAAGCGUGAAAUCGUCGUAACACUCUGA